AUGUCGGGAAAAGGAGCCAAGGGACUGUUAACAGGGAAAACACCGGCAUCAAAGGACAAAGACAAGGAUAAGAAGAAGUCCGUUUCUCGCUCCUCUCGCGCUGGACUUCAGUUUCCUGUGGGUCGUAUCCACCGACUUCUGAAGUCAAGAGUUACUGCUCAUGGAAGAGUAGGUGCUACGGCUGCUGUUUAUUCUGCAGCUAUUUUGGAGUACCUUACUGCUGAAGUUUUGGAGUUGGCUGGUAAUGCGAGCAAGGACUUGAAGGUCAAGCGUAUCACGCCUCGGCAUUUGCAGCUGGCUAUACGUGGAGAUGAAGAACUCGACACUCUAAUCAAAGGAACCAUAGCCGGUGGUGGAGUGAUCCCUCAUAUACACAAGUCACUCAUCAACAAAUCCUCCAAGGAAUAG